UUCUUGUAGGCUUUGGGUCACAGGGCUUACAUUUAUAUAAUACUUUUCUUGGCUAUAUACUAAUUGUUGUCUUUUUUUAAGAGAGUGGAAGAAUGCAGGAGAAAAGUAUGCCAGCCAGUAAUACAGGGAUAAUGAGAACCACUCACUUGCUGCAGUUACCGCAAGAAAUGCUGACUGAGAUAAUCAUGUACCUUCCUCCUGUGGAAAAAUCCAAGGUCCGUGCCACAUGCAGUUUCUUCAAGGACCUGGUUGAUCAGCCUGUUGUGUGGCAAAAGAGUACCAUUGUCCUCCAACGCAUAAGCGCUUUCAACGCCGAAUUCUGGGACGUGCUUCGGAAAAGAAAGAUCACUUCUGUAGAAGUGAAAGAAAUUGGGCUUAAGCAAUGGCAAAAGCUGCUGAGGUUCAUGCCUGGUCUGCUAGAUGUAACUGUGGAUUCCCUCUGGAGCGAGGAAAUUCUGCAAGGGUUACAGCUGCUCACAGAUCUACAGAAACUUCACUUGAAAACGUGCUCUAGGUUAUCUGAGAGAAACAUAAUCAGGGAAGUUGUGCACUUUCAACGCCUUACUCACUUGUUGUUGUGUGGCAUAACCUUCUUAAGUGGCAGUGAAUUGAUUAAAAUUGCUUGCUUACAAAACCUACAUAUGCUCUCAUUGCAUACUGUGCAAAAGGCUCUUCCUGAGAAAGCACUAGAGUAUGUUUUAUUCCAUUUACCAAAACUCAGAGAACUGUCACUUUCUUGUAUCCUGAGUAAGGAGCAUUUUUUGUUAUGCCUCAGUUUGCCAGAUAAACAUCCCAUCUCUUAUUCAUCAGAAGAGUCGCAUCCUGUUCCAAAACUUCAGCUUCACGCUCUGGCCUUGAGGCAAACUGGUUAUAACCUUCUUUCAGAGCGUUUCCUGGAUCAGCUCUCCACCAUCCACACACUGACUGUUUGUUACAUCAAGGACUUUUUGUUACACUCAGUGGAUGUCUUUGGACAAGUGCUGAAGAACCUACCAAACUUGACAGAAUUAAAUCUUCUAUGGAUCUCCAAUUUGGAUAUGUUUGUUGAUAACAUUCCUUCAAGCCUUGUUAAACUAAGUGUGAUUGGAACCAAGCUGACAAACUCUGCUCUCAGCUGUUUGUCUGACAAAUCCUGGAAGCUAAGAGAAAUGGAUCUAACUCUCUCAUAUGGAUUUGAUGAAAAGACUCUGAAACAAUUUCCCCAUCUCUUUCCAUUGCUGACUAGACUCUGCCUUAGUGGUUUUGUUUUGACUGACAAUAUCUUGUUGAGCUUGGCUAAAAUGGAGAGUUUGCGAGAACUUGAUGUUACUGGUGGCACAAAUCUAACAAAAGAAGCAAUCCAGAAUUUUCACAUCACAACGAACUGCAGGGUACAUCUCCUUGUAGAGCGGCAUUCAGUGUCUUCUAAAUGUGACUGCUUAUGGAGCACGUAGUACACUGCCUUUUAUUUUAACCCACCACUGUUUACAGAGCUUUGAUUGCUAAAUGUACUGCUAUCAGGAAACCAAUAAUGUUUCUGUAAAGUUCUGCUGAAAUUCCAUGUGAGGAAGAGAGGUAGUGGAAACAAACCUCCAACAUUCUAAAUAACUGUAUAGCUCUUCACUAUAGCCAAUGGCUUAUGAAUAUGAAAAACAGAAAUGCCUUCUUUGAACCUGUAACUCUAACAAGCCAGGACUGUGAACAAAUACUGGCAUUCUAUAUUAAAAUUUCUGAGUAAGUCUCCAA